GAAGUGGCUUCCUUUCUUAAGCCUCGGACGAGGUCCCCAACCUGAGAAGCCUGUGCCUGGGAGCUUCCAGCCACUGAGCUGUGUCGUGAGAAGCUAAGACCUGGAAGGUUUCCUCUCAGUUGCACAUUCACAGACACUGGUGUUCAAAUAGCCACCUGAGACCUGACCUGAAGCCAGAGGAAACCGCCCGAAAGCCUGCAGAUCAGACCCAACAUGUGCAGCACCAGUGUGUAUGACCUGGAAGACAUUCCUCUGGAGGAUGAUGACCCAAACAGCAUAGAGUUCAAAAUCCUGGCCUUCUACGCCAGACACCAUGUCUUCAAGAACAACCCAGCUGUCUUCUCGCCCAAGCUCUCCAGAACAAGGAGUCUGUCCCAGAAAGCCCUGGGGACUUGGUCAACAGAUUCCUGGACACAGGUAUCAUUGCCUUGUAGAGAUUCCCCCUCCAGUGAAAAGAACAUCAGCUUGGGCAAGAAGAAGUCUUCUUGGAGAACGCUCUUCAGGGUGACCGAAAAGGAGGAAGUCUCGUCGAGCUCCCCAAAGGAGAUCCGAGCUCAGGGUGUUCAGAGCCCCUGCCCGGUAGAGCGGCAGAGUGGCUUCCACAACCAGCACUGGGCCAGGUCCCUGUCCAGUGUGGAGCAGCGCCUGGAGAGUGAAGUUGUGGAUUCCAAAGUCGCUUGUAUUGCUAACAGAGUGGCUGAAAUCGUUUACUCCUGGCCACCACCAGAUGUCAGCCACAGCCAAGGAGGAGGCAAGCUCAAAGAGAGGGUCCCAGAGAUUCUGUACUUCAGGUUGGAAGGAGCCUACGACUCUAAGAAAGAUGGAGAAGACCAAAUAAUAAACAAGAUUGUUGAGCUGCUGAAAUUCUCGGGGGAUCAGCUGGGAAGAGAGAUAAAGAAAGACAAGGCUUUGAUGAGCAGCUUCCAGGACGGGUUGUCCUACUCGAUGUUCAGGACCAUCACAGACCUGUUCCUGAGGGACGUGGACACCAGAGGAGAAUCAGAGGUCAAAGCUCAGGGCUUCAAGGCUGCCCUUGCAAUAGAUGCCAUCGCCAAGCUCACGGCCAUCGACAACCACCCAAUGAAUAGAAUGCUGGGCUUCGGGACCAAGUACCUGAGAGAGUGCUUCUCCCCUUGGGUCCAGCAGAAUGGCGGAUGGGAAAAAAUACUUGGGAUCUCACAUGAAGAAGUAGACUGAAAUAGCCAAAGACCUGUCACCUGGAAGGUCCCUUGUGCAACAACGGUCCUGUGCCCACCGCUCUUACCAUAGACCUCAGGAGAAAAUUAAAACACACCCAGCAGACACUGUCUAGAGAACCAUCCUUCCUUGGACUCAAGAGGCAUCGGGAGAGGCCUUGCUCUCUCCAGCUCAUAGGACUCAGUAGCACGGACUUCGCUGAGGGCACUGAAUGUGUGAGGGAGUCCAUAACGAUAAGUGAUCCUUUUACCUCUAAAUGUUGAGAACGGAAACCAUCCUGUUAGCUACACCAGUGGAAGCAUUCGUUUGGCACGUGUCUGUCGGUCUCAUGGAGAUGAAACGAUAAAUAUGCGUGUGC